CUUAAAAUAUGGCGGACAGUUCUCUUCCUAGUUGGCCAAUUAUAAUCAACAAAUCUUUGGAAGAAAGUGAGAUUUACAGACUUCUGAGGAGCAAACAUAAAGUUAGAGGUAUCAGUGAAUCUUCAUAAAAAUUUUUGCUAUUAUUUUCGCCGUAUCUGAAUCAGAAUUUGUUCUUACAGUUACUGACACAACUGGUCAAGGAGUUAUAAUUUUCCCUCUUUCCUCUGUCGCAUUUAUGGUCAUUUCCUUGGACCAUGCGUUGAAAGAAAACGAGGGACAAACAGUAGUUAGUGCGGACAUUGUAGAAAGGUAAGUUAAAGAUCGUUCUGAGGGAAGGCGAUAAACAUUUGGAGAGAGAUAAUUUGGCAAAAGAAACAUGCAUUUGUCAGUUACCCUGUGCCAACUACAACAACAAUAACAAUUUUAGCAACGAGCAAGGGGAUUUGAAAAGAUUUCAAUUUGGUGUAAGAGUUGAGUAAAUUCAGGUAUUGUAGUCCUUUGUGGGACUUGUGGACAAAUAAAAACCGAUUUAGCCAUCCCAUCUCUGUAACACCUGUAAGCUUGACAAUAUCAUGCUUUUCUUUUCUCAGGGUGCAGAGACUAAAUCAAGUGCAUCAAAGAGCUUACGUUAUUCUCAUGGCUGCUCUUAUGGGAUCAAAGGAAAUGCAAAACCUAACAGCACUACAAAGCAGGUUAAAUUAAAUGAAAUCUGUUUUAAUUUUUUUUAAUCACAAAUCAAUUUUUUAAGCUAUAAUUAUUGUGGGGCUUACCCCUCUUUGCAUGCAAGUUCCCAGAUCUAAGAUUAUGCUGCUGUAGUGAGGGCAGCAACAUAUCAGCAACUUCCUGUGCUGUUGACCAUGAAAUCUAGCUAAAUCUUGUCAGCUUCCCCACGUUGGAUGAAAAAUGACUUAAUGGGCAAACCCAUGGUCACAUGAAUCACCAGCUAUUAUGAUUCAUACAUUUUAUACAACUGGGUAUUUCUGUCUAGGUUAAGAGUUGCUCUGGCAGUUGGGCUAUGUUUGUUAAUUGUGCUUAUUACUCUGCCAGGUUUCUUGGAACAAAGGCAAAUUUCAUCCCUGCGCAUAGUGCUAAAGAAUGUGUUGAUUUUAUGGUUACUAUUGCCAAGGUAUGACUGAUGCUAAGGAAUGAGCCUAAACUUUUCAAUAAUUCUAGAGUCAAAGGUAUUUUCUCAUGUAGCCCAGCCUGUGUACAGCUAGCUGCCCCCACUCCUCAGAAAAAAAUCGGGAGUGAAGGGGGCAGCUGUACACAUCAGGCUAUACGGCCUGUGUAGCCUUCAUAAAAGGAAUUAUUUUAGUCAAGCAAAAGGCAAGAGAAGAAAAAGACACAUUUUUCCCCAUCCCUACUUGCCUUACUUUUACAUCUAUGUACUGUGUAUUUGGCUUUCUAAGGCAUGUUGUGUAGAGGUCAAUAAAAUUUUUUACAAGACAGUAUUUUUGUGUUCCUUUUGUUUCAAAUGGGAAAACAAUAACUUCAUUGGUAAAUAACUCUUGGUCACCAUUAGCAAAAGAUGGACCUUUUGGCAGUAUUUUUGGAUGGCACUGUUUACUUCUGCACUCGGAACAUGACAUGACAUGAAGCUGUUAAGGGGGUGAAGGUCCAUAACUGAAAACUGCCCCAUGUCAUGUUGCAUGUGUUACAUACCCUCAAAGAACAAAUUUCUUGCAGGUUACCUGUAAGCCUAUGGCAGGAUUGAUACAAGAAAGAAUGAAGAGGUUACAAGAGUCAACAGUUAGUGACAAUGUGAUUCUUCAUGCCCUUGGAAACAUUGGACUUGGCAAUCAUGGUAUCCUUUUUCAGAGGUUUUAUCCCCAAAAGCUAAAUAUGUAAAGUCCCUCAUGUUACAUCAUCUGAUGCCACAAAGUAUUGAAUCUGACACUUGAGGUGGGGGAUGCAGGCACUUGACUCUUGCAUGUGAUUGAUAAGGUACCACGUUUACAGGGUAUGGGGUUGCUAUCUUGAUUUCUUAUGAGUGGGAAGAAAGACAAAAAAAAAACUGAGAAGAAAGCACUUGCACAUGGGUAUUAGGCAGGAACCACCCCCCAAAACCAUAUCACUUCCCGUUACCAUCCCCAAGGGGAAUUUAUUCUCUACCCAGCUAUAUCUCAUCACGAGAACUCUUAAAAACAAUCUACCUUGACAAUUACAUGGAAAAUAGGGCACUGGGCAAGUCUGGGAAUGCAUGUUCAUGACUAAAUCAAAAUAAUUAUCAUUGAGGAAAUUAUACAGUCAUGUUUUCUUUCCUUAACAUCUGAAAAGAGUGUUUGGUGCUUCAAGAUGGUCUUAAAACUGUAUCCAGGGUGUCACAAGCCACAGAGGAGGAACUGAUAGACUGUAGUCUAGAUCACCAAACUGCACAGAAAGUCAUCAACUUCUUUGACAAAGACUGCAUACAGAUUUGA